CGGAGGGGGCGGCCAGGCCACGAAGAUGUCCUCGGCCGUGGGGCCCCGCGCUCCUCGGCCACCCACGGGGCCUCCCCCCAUGCAAGAGCUGCCCGACCUGAGCCACCUGACCGAGGAGGAGCGGAACAUCAUCAUGGCAGUGAUGGACCGGCAGAAGGAAGAGGAGGAAAAAGAAGAAGCCAUGCUCAAGAGAUUGCAUCAACAAUUUGAAAGCUAUAAGGAACAGGUGCGGAAAAUAGGAGAGGAAGCACGGCGUUACCAGGGAGAGCACAAAGACGAUGCACCAACGUGUGGAAUCUGCCACAAAACAAAGUUUGCGGAUGGCUGUGGCCACCUCUGCUCCUACUGCCGCACGAAGUUCUGCGCCCGCUGCGGAGGCCGCGUGUCGCUGCGCUCCAACAACGAGGACAAAGUGGUUAUGUGGGUGUGCAAUUUAUGUCGAAAGCAACAAGAAAUCUUAACCAAAUCUGGGGCAUGGUUCUUUGGAAGUGGCCCUCAGCAGCCAAGUCAAGAUGGAACCCUGAGUGACACAGCGACUGGUGCCGGCUCGGAGGUGCCCAGAGAAAAGAAAGCGCGGCUCCAAGAGCGAUCGAGGUCUCAGACACCCUUGAGCACAGCAGCGGCCUCCAGCCAGGAGACUGGCCCUCCCAGCACACAAGCAGACAGGAGUAAGGGGGCUGACCCCUCACAGCCAGCCGUGGGGGCCGAGCAGAAGCAGCCUUCGUCCAGGUCUAGAAGUGAACCUGCUAGAGACAGGAAGAAGACUGCGGGGCUCUCGGAGCCCAAUGGCAAAGGAGCCCUGAAGGGCGAGAGGAAGCGCGUGCCAAAGUCCUCCGUGCAGCCCCGGGAGGGCGCCGCGGAAGACCGGGAGCGGAGAGAAAGGCGGGAAACCCGCAGGCUGGAGAAAGGCCGGUCGCAGGACUACCCUGAUGGGCCCGAGAAGCGCGAGGAAGGCAAAGCGGCGGCGGAGGAGAAGCACCGCAAAGAGAAGGACUACCAGACCCGACCGAGGCACAGCCAAGCGGAAGACAGGGAAGAAACAGAGGGCCUGCAUGAAAGAGGUGACUUGGAUUAUUACUGGUUGGAUCCCGCCACGUGGCACAGCAGGGAAACAUCGCCUAUUAGUUCGCAUCCUGUAACGUGGCAACCGUCUAAAGAGGGAGACCGACUAAUUGGACGUGUUAUUCUUAACAAGAGAACAACCAUGCCCAAAGAAUCAGGUGCAUUACUGGGUCUGAAAGUUGUUGGAGGAAAAAUGACAGACUUAGGACGCCUUGGAGCCUUCAUCACCAAAGUAAAGAAGGGCAGCCUCGCAGAUGUAGUUGGACACCUGCGAGCAGGGGAUGAAGUUCUAGAAUGGAAUGGUAAACCCCUGCCGGGAGCUACAAAUGAAGAAGUUUACAACAUUAUUUUAGAAUCAAAAUCAGAGCCUCAAGUUGAAAUUAUUGUUUCAAGGCCUAUUGGUGACAUUCCAAGGAUUCCUGAGAGCUCCCAUCCUCCAUUAGAGUCCAGUUCGAGUUCCUUUGAAUCUCAGAAGAUGGACAGGCCUUCCAUUUCUGUUAUUUCUCCAACGAGUCCCGGAGCUCUAAAAGAUGCCCCACAAGUCCUACCCGGGCAACUCUCUGUGAAGCUAUGGUAUGAUAAAGUGGGACACCAGCUGAUUGUAAAUGUUCUUCAAGCAACAGAUCUACCCUCUAGAGUAGAUGGGCGCCCCAGGAAUCCCUAUGUAAAAAUGUAUUUUCUUCCAGAUAGAAGUGAUAAGAGUAAAAGGAGAACGAAAACAGUAAAGAAAGCACUAGAGCCGAGAUGGAAUCAAACUUUCGUGUACUCACACGUACAUCGUAGAGACUUUAGAGAACGAAUGUUAGAAAUAACUGUGUGGGAUCAACCAAGAGUUCAAGAAGAAGAGAGUGAAUUUCUUGGAGAGAUCCUCAUAGAAUUGGAGACGGCACUUUUAGAUGAUGAACCACACUGGUAUAAACUUCAGACACAUGAUGAAUCCUCGCUACCUCUGCCUCAGCCCUCACCUUUCAUGCCAAGGCGACAUGUUCAUGGAGAAAGCUCCAGUAAAAAGCUACAAAGAUCUCAGCGGAUCAGUGACAGCGACGUCUCAGAUUAUGAGGUUGACGAUGGGAUUGGAGCCGUUCCUCCAGUAGGCUAUAGGUCUAGUGCUAGAGAAAGUAAAUCUACAACAUUAACAGUGCCGGAACAGCAGAGAACAACUCAUCACCGCUCACGAUCGGUAUCUCCGCAUCGCAGUGAGGAUCAGGGAAGGCCACGCUCACGUUUACCAAAUGUGCCAUUACAGAGGAGUUUAGAUGAAAUUCAUCCAACCAGAAGAUCACGUUCUCCAACCCGACACCAUGAUGCCUCCCGAAGUCCAGUGGAUCAUAGAUCCAGAGAUGUGGAUAGUCAGUAUUUAUCAGAACAAGACAGUGAGCUUCUCAUGCUGCCCAGAGCAAAACGAGGACGGAGUGCAGAGUGUCUACACCCGACCAGUGAACUGCAGCCCUCCCUUGACAGGGCUAGGAGUGCUAGUACCAACUGCUUGAGACCAGAUACUAGUUUGCAUUCACCAGAACGAGAAAGGGGUAGAUGGUCCCCCUCCCUAGAUAGGAGACGGCCUCCUAGCCCCAGGAUUCAAAUCCAGCAUGCAUCUCCGGAGAAUGACAGGCACUCCAGAAAGUCUGAGAGAUCUAGCAUCCCAAAACAGACUAGGAAAGGCACUGGCUCUGAUGCAGAAAGGGUUCUCCCACCAUGUCUUUCUAGAAGGGGACACGCAGCCCCAAGAGCGACUGAUCAGCCAGUCAUUAGGGGGAAACAUCCCACUCGCUCAAGGUCGAGUGAGCACUCUAGUAUCAGAGCACUGUGUUCUAUGCACCACCUUGCCCCCGGAGGGUCGGCGCCACCUUCUCCGCUUCUGACAAGAAUGCACCGACAAGGAAGUCCAGCCCGGUCUCCCCCCGCAGACACACCCUUCAGCAAUCGGAGGGGGAGACAGCUCCCGCAAGUGCCAGUGAGAAGCGGCAGUCUAGAACAAGCAAGCUUAGUAGUGGAGGAGCGAACAAGACAGAUGAAAAUGAAAGUGCAUCGAUUUAAGCAGACAGCAGGGUCUGGUUCUAGUCAAGAACUUGAUCGCGAGCAAUAUUCCAAGUGUAGCACACAUAAAGAUCAGUACAGAAGCUGUGAUAACGUCUCCGCCAGGUCAUCAGAUAGUGAUGUGAGUGACGUGUCUGCCGUUUCCCGAACCAGCAGUGCCUCCCACCUCAGCAGCACCAGCUUCAUGUCAGAGCGGUCUGAGCGCCCCAGGGGCAGAGUCAGUUCAUUUACCCCUAAAAUGCAAGGCAGACGGAUGGGGAGUUCAGGAAGAGCCAUCACAAAGAGCACCAGCGUGAGUGGAGAGAUGUAUGCCCUGGAGCGCAAUGACGGCAGCCAGUCGGACACGGCUGUGGGCAUGGUGGGAGCCGGCGGCAAGAAAAGGAGAUCCAGCCUCAGUGCCAAAGUCGUUGCCAUAGUGUCUCGAAGGAGUAGAAGCACAUCCCAACUUAGCCAAACAGAGUCGGGCCACAAGAAGUUAAGAAGCACCAUACAGAGAAGCACAGAGACCGGAAUGGCGGCUGAAAUGAGGAAGAUGGUCAGGCAGCCCAGCCGCGAGUCUACCGAUGGCAGCAUCCACAGCUACAGCUCUGAGGGAAACUUGAUAUUUCCUGGAGUGCGGCUGGGUGCUGAUAGUCAAUUCAGUGAUUUUCUCGAUGGCCUGGGGCCCGCCCAGCUUGUUGGCAGACAAACUCUGGCCACCCCUGCUAUGGGUGACAUACAAAUUGGAAUGGAGGAUAAAAAGGGCCAGUUGGAAGUUGAAGUCAUUAGAGCGCGCAGCCUCACGCAAAAGCCUGGUUCCAAAUCGACCCCUGCUCCUUACGUCAAAGUCUACCUUUUGGAAAACGGGGCCUGUAUAGCCAAGAAGAAGACAAGAAUUGCGCGAAAAACCCUCGACCCUUUGUAUCAACAAUCCCUGGUCUUUGACGAAAGUCCGCAGGGUAAAGUCCUUCAGGUAAUUGUCUGGGGGGACUAUGGCAGAAUGGACCAUAAAUGCUUUAUGGGCGUGGCUCAAAUCUUGUUGGAAGAACUUGACCUCUCCAGCAUGGUGAUCGGAUGGUACAAAUUGUUCCCACCUUCGUCACUGGUGGACCCCACCCUCACUCCCCUCACUCGCCGGGCUUCCCAGUCAUCUCUGGAAAGUUCAACUGGGCCACCCUGCGUUCGAUCAUAGUGAACUCAGACCAGAGUCAUCCCAGGAAACUUGACUUUCAGGAGAAUCAUCAGAACCAGAUAGUUCAUGAUCAAAAGCAUUGUUGGAGACAGACAAUCAACCUGUGUUUUGCUUGUAGUAGUUUUUCAAUACUAUGUCCCAAUUGUUCUUUGAAACCUGGCUUCUUAUGACAGAACAUGGCAGUCUAUCAAAUCGCGUAAGAGUCUGUGUGCUGGUGAGAGUCACUGAUGCUUGUGGCAACGAGAAAAGAGAGGAAAUGUCAAACACACACACACACACACACACACACACACCCCACACCGCACCAAAUUGAACCAACUGGAAGCUCUCACGCUGUGAGAAGCCGUGUCCUGCACGUUGCAACACAGACCACAAGCAGUGUGAAUUCCCUGGUGUUCGUCCAGCUUUGUCCGGCGCCCUUUCUUUCUUUGUGUGUGCGUCGUUCGGUUGGGGUUCCGUGUUGGCUCUCGUGGUAAUUGUUAGUUCCGCUGUUUGGGGCUUGCUGUGACAGGCCUCAUCAUGUUGACAGAGACCCUUCCUUUCUUUUUCCAAAAGCACCAAAAAAAACAAAACACAACAACCCAAAAAGGGCUGACGCUGUCUCUGUAGCAUCUCCCCAAAAUGUUUUACAACCAAACCAAGUGAGGCCCAGGAAGGGCUUCCCUGGUUUUCAUUCCAUAACCCUUCCAAGCCUUCUUUGUGGAAACUCUAAACAAAGCACCACGGAAGCACAGCAAAACGCUCGCUUCCAAAGUAAAAUGAUCACUGAAUCCUUUCCCUAACGAAGAGCAGAUCUGUUGUUUUCUACAAAAUUCAUUUACGGUUUCCAUUAUUUUGCAUGGAAGACUUUCAAAGAAAUCCAUCUGCAACUAAUGCUGGGGACUGAAACGAACUGCAUAAUUGUCCUUAGGAAAUGCUCCUGGUCAUGCCUUUUCCUUCCUGACAGCCACAAAGAAUCAUAACUCGGCUCAUGUGUAGAACCCACACUUCUGACUUCCUGAAAUGGGGCCUAGGGAAGGAGCCUAUGUUACGAGCCCAUGACACGUUUAGCAAUGCCCGGGCUUCUGGGCCACGCCUCCACGUAGACGCAUCUCCACGUAGACGUCCUCAUCUGCCCUGGAAGGAGCAGGACGGUGUUUCACUGGAGAGGCCGGGGGAAACAGUCCGCACUAAACUAAUGUGUUGGGGUUUUUUUGUUUGUUUGUUUUUACCAAAUUUUAGUUUACGUUUCUUUGAGAUGGAUGCAAGCACAAAGCUUGAUUUUUUAAUGCAAAGACUCACACGUUGUGGGGCACAGCACAGGCGGGAGGGGGGCGUUUAAAGAAAAAGUCAAAUUUCAGUUUGCAUUUUCCUCCUUUGCGUUUUCUUGGGCCUUGAGUUCGCUGCUAGUGCUGGCACUGUGUGCACGUGCUCCAGCCUGCAGACUCUGCAGGCGCACGCGGUGUCCCCCCUCCUCGGACGAGCCCCCCGACCUCGUGAUUACACACAAGGGCAGCAUGACUUGGAACUGUUCGAAGCUGCAUGCACAUUUUGUAAAAAAAAAUAAAAUAAAACAAAUAAAAAAAGAAAAGAAACAAAAGGUGAUUUAAUCGUGUAUGUUAGUUCUACAUAGGCCAGCUUGUCCGUUGCAUGUACCUGUACAGUUUGCUCGUUAAUGACUAUACUGAAAUAACCGAGAAAUCUAAGCCAUCCAUUUCGUUACAGACAUUUUGCAAGUUUUAGCCAGGCUCCGUCUGUGAGUCCGGUGUGAAAUGUCUAUAGAUGGACGCUAUUUUUUACCCUCUGGAAAACGUGAUGUAGUACGACGGACCAAAUUCCUUCUAAUACAUACUUUGGUGUAGAUUCCUACUGUGGGGCUGUAACACAUGUAGACACUGUGUAUACACCAGGUUUUAAUCCAUAGACAUACUGCCUGCACCAAGUGAGUUCUUUAUUAUUAUUUCUACAUGCCAGACUUCUCUGCCCAUCAUUCCACGGGGCACAGAUUGACCCCUGCUCACCGUGCUGAGCAGGAGGCACUGAGGCAUUGGUGCACUUCCGGAUUCCCUUCUGUCUUAGUGGCCAACAAUCAACUAAUAUUAAUUGGGUAGUAUCUUUCUAUUUUGACCACUUGUCUUAACACUCCCCUGUGCUUUUAAAUGAACUUCCAACUCAUGUUAUGUAAACAUGUUGAAUAAAAUUUACUUUUCAUGUCAGCCGGUAGCCAUCCGUGUUCUAUGUUUUGCCAGAUGUGGGUUCUGUGGUGCACCCUGGGAGCCAGCGCAUGGGAAGGGGAGACUGAGGUGUUGUUUGUGGGGGGCAUUUGACUUGUCACUGUACUCGAUGUGUCUUGCUCUACGGCCCAAACGGUACUUUGCAUCACAUACAAGUUUUCACUCUGUCAGCCUGUCUAAGGGAGCACAUGACUGCACUUCUGGAAAGUGGCAUUCUGAAAAGCACAAAGUCUCACUGAGGAUCGAAGGGAAGGCUGUCUUUCUGCUGCUGUCUGAGUGCGCUAAUAAAAGAGGCAACCCUGUC